GCCUGAUAUGAUAUGUCAGCUGGAACGAGGGGAAGAGCCAUGGGUCCUGGACGCACAAGGAGAUGAAGAGAAAAAGGUCUUAAAAGGUGAUUGCUUAGAAUAUCCCUUGUGAAACGCCUGCUGGUGUCCUUCCUCUAUGUUGAUACAAGACACAGUCAAUAUAUGAACCAGCCAUUCUCAGACAGACUUGAUGAAUAUGAUAAAAUAGGCAUGAGCAUCAUGAAUUGCUGACACCUUCUCUGUUACAUUUUUUUGAUGAUGAUAUUGCUCAAGGUUUUUUCAUUCUUCCCUUUGAAGUAUCUUGAAAAUUGAUUCCAUGAUUGCUUUCAGAAUGUAGGGUAUCUACUGAAGAUUUUUUUUGUAUGUACUCUUAUCAAAAAAUUACAUUCUGUUUGUAUGCCCUAAGCAACAUUGAACUCACUAUCUCCCUAGGCAACCCAUUCUAUUUUCAAACAACCAUUGUUAACAAACAAAAAUUGUUAAUUUUUCCUUCUAUUAAACUGAAAUUUAUCCCUUUAUAGCUCCAUUGUUCAGUCAGGAAGCACACAUAAUAAAUCUAAUCUUAUCUUACAUAAGAAAAUGCACGUACAUAAUUUGAAAACAAUUAUCUUGGCCCUGAAGUUUCCUCUUCUCCAGAAGAAACAUCUGUCUUUAAUUCAUUUCAACAAAUAUUUGAACUGUGCAGAGCAGUAUACUAGUACGGGGAUUAAAAGACAAAACCCCUCAAAGACAAUUUAUAAUCUUCUUGGGAGUGAUUUGAGGAGCAGCAGUGCACUAACUAAAAACUUGGAGAAUAAAGGAAAACUUCACAGGGGAAUUAGUAUCAGAGCUGAACUUUAAAGGAAGACAAGGAUUCAAAAAGCUGCUUUGAGGACAGCAUACAGUCAAGGCAUAGGUAGAAUUAGACACCUUAUGUAAAUGCCCAAAGACAAGGCAAAAUGUUGAGUUCAGGGAACUGUUAGCAAUUCAGUAUGGAUCACAGAGGGCUUGAAAGGAUGUAAUAUUAAACUAGGAAUGAGAGGUAGGUUAGAGGCUGGUUGUAGAAGGCCUUUAAAAGCCAGGCUUGUGAAUUGUCAUUUUCUUUGUAGAGGCAUCAGAGAAGCAGUGCAGAUUUUGUAGUAGAGGAGAAAUAGGGUCAGACCUUAACCAUAGAUGAUUUUCAGCUCUCUUGGCAUCCUUCAAGGCUCAGCUCAAAUGCCCCUCCUUCAGGGCCUUUUCCUAUUCCUGCAUCCUUCCAAGCUGUUCUACAUGUAUCUUAUAUGUACAUAAUUAUUACCUGUUUCCUCCUCCAUUAGAAAGUAAGCUCCUUGGAAGUAACAACAGUGUUUUUGCCUUUCUUUAUAUCCCCAACACUUAUUACUAUAGCUCCUGGCACAUGAUAAGAAUUUAAUAAUCCAUAUAGACUGACUAAAAAACAUGUGGAUUAUAGAUAGGGGACAAGGGGAACAGGACAAAAGACCAGUUGGGAAGUAUUUAAAGUUUUAGGGUUAACAUAACAGAAAUCUGGGUUCAAAUCCCAUCCUCUGCCCCCAGAGUAUGAGUAGCAAAUUACCUCAGUUUUCAGAAUCUCCUAUGAAAAUUAAGGAUGAUAAUAUUCAUAGUAUCUUCCUCAUUGAGUUGUUAAUAGAAUAAAAUUAGAAAAUGUACCAAAUCUCUUUGAAGUGAUCUUUUGAUCUGUGAACUAAAGUGGACUAAAUCUUUUGAGUGAUAGGUAAAGGAUAAGUGUGCAGUUCAGCUAAUAAACAUGCAAAAGGUAAUGUGAGUCUACAUUAUGAUGAUGACCAUGUGAGUGCAAAGAAAAGGAAAGGUGAGAGAGAUACUGUGGAGGUAGUUUUAAUAGAAUUUUUACCCUGAUAGAAUAUGAAAAGGAUCAAAGAAAGGGAAGAAUCAAGGAUGAUGCUGAAACCAUAAAUCUGGAGACUAGGAAUUAGAUGGUAGUUCCCUCAGCAGAAAGAAAUUUGGAAGAAAGGCAAGUUUAGGGGAGAAGAUAAUGAGCUCAAUUCUGGACAUAUUGAAUUUGAGUUGCUAUUGAUUUAUUCAGGUGAAGAUGUUCAGCAGGCAAUUGAUGUAGGCCUAGAUUAGUGAAACUGUAUGUACGGAGUUGAAGUAUCUGCACAUAAAUAAUUGAACCUAUAGGAUGAAUGUAAUGGGAGGGAGUAAUGAAAGGGAGAGGGAGAGAGGGAGGGAGGGAGGGAAAGAGGACAAAGAGAGAGAAAGAAGGAGGGGGAGGGAGAAUGAAAAUUAAUCCUUGGGUAUUCAUUUUAAAGAAUAGAGAUAUCUGUCUUUUAAAAAGACUGUCAUGCAGCAGAGAAAAGCAAAUGAGAUUAAAUAACAUCAGUCUAUGAUGGGACCCAGUCAGCAUGAUUUCAUAACAUCAUUCAGUAAUAUUGAACAGCUAGGGAGUAAAAACAGAAAAAGCUGUUGAUGGAAGUGGCUCAGAAUAGAGAAUUAGCACAACAUGAAGGGCAAGACAAGAAUAUUAAAGUUAGAUGAGAAUACAUAGUGUAACUAAUUAACGUAUUGGAUUAAGAUUGAGGAGGCCAAAACAGGGUGAUGGACUUGUAGAACAGGAAAUGCUAGAGGGACUAAAUCACAAUGAAAACAAAGAACAGGUUUUAGAAGAGGGAGACAGGAAGAAAUGGAAUGAUAAAGAUUAUGAUAAAGAAAAGAGAGUUUCAGAGUUCAGAGUUAUGGAAGUGAUACAAUUUGAGGAGAUUCUGAAGUCUAAGGUGUGAAUGUCCCCAUAGGUAGCUUAGGUAGGAUGAAAGAGAAAUCAUGAAAAAUAAAAUAACUGAUGAACUGAGAGACCAUGAAUUCACUGCAUAUGUAGAUCAGUUGAAAUAACAAGGAAUAUUUAGCCUAGAGAAGAUGAUUCAAGGGAGUCAUAAUGGCUGUCUUCCAGUAUUUGAAAUCCUUUUAUAUAAAGAGAGAUUAGACUUAUUCUAUUUGACCUUGAAAAAAAGAAGGAGGAGCAAUGGGUAGAAAUUGCAAAGAAGCAUAUUUAAAUUUGAUGUCAUUUCUUCUGCCUUCUCUUCAUGGCCUCCUGAGCUCUACUUGGUCUAAAUCAAUAUGUUCUAUUAUCAGGCAGAUUUCUGUUUUGUUCCUGUGAAUAGGAAGUUGGGUGAUGAAUAGAAGCCCAGAGGAAAGGGGACUUGAAGGGAGGGAAAAUUCCACAGUCAUAUUCAGCCUUUCCAACUAUGAAAACUCAGUUCUUCAAUUGCCUUUCAGACUUUCCCAAGUGAAUUACUCUAACAUAGAUAUACAUAUUAUCACAUGGUCUUGAUUAUAGUUCUAGAUCUGUCCCUGUCUGAAAUUUGUUUUUUCUAUCCUCCCUUAGUCUCAUGUCUCUAAUAAAUCUUCAGUUCAAUUCAAUUAAUGACAUUUAUUAAAUAUUAGAUAGAUGUGUUUAUAUUAAGAUAACAGUGAUGAGAGUAUCUUGUUCACAAAGUAUCUACGAUAGAUCAUCCAAUGGAUAUACCUCUCCAUUCUGUGAGGCUAGUAUUGAGAUUUGUCAACAACAUGUCUCUCUAGAAGAUUUUUAUGUAAUCAUCUUAUUUAUUCCCCACAAAAUGUCCUUAAUAUUUAAUUUUUUUUCACAGUUUCAGAUUGUGAAACCCAGACCGAGAGUGAGGAGUUGUCUCCAAAGCAAGAAAUUUCUGAUGAGAUGAAGUGCCAGAAUCUGAUAUUGCACAGACUUAGAGGGCUUGUGCCUCAGGGACCCGUAUUUGGAGAAGCUGUUGAAAAUGAGGACAAGUUAAAGGAAAUGUGGGGAUCUCCUGCAGGGAGGAGCCUGAGGACAUUCCUUUCCCAGAAUAAAGGCUUCAAACCAAUGCCAGUAAUCCAUGAAAAAUCCCUCAUAUUGGAAAGAGGUCAGGAAUAUAAUGAAUAUGGGGAAAAUCUCAGUUUAAAUAUGAGCCCUGUAAGAUAUCAAAGAGUUUCUUCACAAGGGAAACCCCAGCAAUUUGAUGAAAUGGACCAAAUAUUUGAACAAAAUUUAGAUCUAAUUACAUAUCAGAAAGAACAAACAGAAGAAAAGCCCUGUAAAGCUAAAGUAUAUUGGAAAGCAUUUACUCAGAAUUCAAACCUCAUUGAACUUCAGAGAAUUCAUACCAGAGAGGAAUCCAAUGAGUGUCAUGCCAGUGAAGAAACUUUCAACCAGACAUCAGUCCUCAUCAAGAAGGAAAAAUUGUUCAAUGGAGAAAAAUCCUGUGAAUUUAAUGAAUGUGCAAAUAAUUUUAACACACAGAUAUCUCUUAUGCAAAACCAUAAGAUCCCCACUUUAGAGAAACCUUAUCAGUGUACAGAAUGUGGGAAAUCCUUUAGCUUAAAAGGAAAUCUUAUUCGACAUCAGAGACUUCAUACUGGAGAGAGACCAUUUGAGUGUAAUGAAUGUGGAAGUGCCUUCAGUUUGAAGGGAAAUCUUAUUCGUCAUCAGAGACUUCACACAGGUGAGAAACCAUUUGAAUGUACUGAAUGUGGGAAAGCCUUUACUCGGAGCACUGCUUUUAUUCUUCAUCAAAGACUUCACACUGGUGAGAAACCCUAUGAGUGUACUGAAUGUGGGAAGGCUUUCAGCCAGGAAGGUAACCUUAUCCAGCAUAAGCGAUUUCAUACUGGUGAAAAACCCUACCAGUGCAAUGAAUGUGGAAAAGCCUGUAGUGAUCGAACAUCCCUUAUUCAUCAUCAGAGAAUUCACACUGGAGAGAAACCUUAUUUGUGUAAUGAAUGUGGAAAAUGCUUCAGCCAGAGUUCCAUCCUAAUUAAGCAUCAGAAAAUUCACACAGGGGAAAAGCCCUAUGAGUGUAAUGAAUGUGGAAAGGCCUUUAUUCUAAAAUCUUGCCUUUUUAGACACCAGAGAAUUCAUACUGGAGAGAAACCAUAUCAGUGUAAUGAAUGUGGAAAAGCCUGUAGUGACCGAACAUCACUUAUUCAUCAUCAGAGAAUUCACACUGGAGAAAAACCUUAUGUGUGUAAUGAAUGUGGGAAAGCUUUCAGCCAGAGUUCAAGCCUCAUUACACACCAGAGAAUUCACACUGGAGAAAAACCUUAUGAGUGUAAUCAGUGUGGAAAAACCUUUAGUGCAUCUUCAAACCUUAUUCAACAUCAAAGAAUCCACUCUGGAGAAAAACCUUAUGAAUGCAUAAAAUGUGAGAAAACUUUCAUUUUGAAGUCUUACCUCAUUAGACACCAGAGAAUUCACUCUGGAGAUACCUUGUGAAGGAAAACACCUUAAUAGAGAGGCUUCAGUACACAUUUCGUCCAUUUCAAGCUUCAAUAAAUUGGCACUUUGGCAACAAACCACACAUAUGGUUGUAAAAGAACCACAGAACAUUUAUCAUAAUAAUGAUUGUCAUCAAGUCUCUAUCCAGCACUUCAAUCUUAUUCACCAUUAGAAAAAUUACUCUGAAGAGGAAAAACUCUAUGAUAUACUUUUAGUAACAGCAUUUGCUUUACAAAUUAAGCUCUUAUGAGGAAGGUCCUUUUGCUUUUCUAAAAUGUUGUCUAUGUGAUUUAAGUAUGCUGCAAUUGAUAGUAAUAUGGUUUCUGCCAUAGGAACUAAACUUAAAGGGUUCACAUCCUGGUAACCUUGGCUCUUCCAAGAAGGUUUUUUUUACCUUCUCAAACACUAUAACAUUACAUGUAUGAUUGAUGUUUUCUGCCACUGAAUGAUUGUAUGGUGCUGGCAAAUAUAAAUUUGAACUACAGGCUUCACAUUCAUGAAAGUUCUUAAGUUUCAAAGGGUAGCCUUCUUGUCCAAUUCUUACAUUCUUUUCAGCAUGAAUUUCAAUAUUGUUUUAUAUUUUGAAAAACCUUUAUUAACUAAGGUAAAUUACGUAAUUUUAGGGAAACACUAUAUCUAACUGAACCCAGUAUUUAAAAAAAAAAUUUGUUAACCCCUUUUCUAGACUUCAAUUAGAUAGCUUUCCUCCUUAGUUAAUUGUUCUUUGUCUUUUAUCCUUGUAUAUGGCCACAAGGAGAAAGAUGUGACAUUGUUUCAAUAACAUGAAGACAACAGUUUAUUCUGCUAAA